CGGGGCUUGGCCAUUGCGGGGUGGAGAGGUGCUGUUCGGUAGCAUCUGAGCUCGGAGGUUGGCAGUCAGAACAACAAAUCCUGUUACGUCAAGAGAACCAUUUCUCACAUCUAUUCUGAUGACUAAAUUUGCCUUUGAUCAGACUGAAUAACUUAAUUGCCUAUAGGUAAUGAUGGCAGACUCUGAAAGUGUAAGGAUUGCUCCUGAAAUGCCAGCCAUGUUUGAUGGGAUGAAGCUGGCUGCAGUCGCUGCAGUGCUAUACAUCAUUGUAAGAUGUCUGAAUCUUAAGAGCCCCACUGCUCCUCCAGAGCUGACGUCAGACACCCCACUCACUCGAUUCUUGCUGAAAUCAUGCCCACUGCUGACCAAAGAAUACAUUCCACCCCUCAUUUGGGGAAAGAGUGGACACGUACAGACAGCAUUAUAUGGUAAAAUGGGGCGUGUAAGCUCUCCUCAUCCCUAUGGUUUACGGAAGUAUCUCCCUAUGCCUGAUGGAGCUACUGCUACGUGGGACCUUUUUGAGCCUUUGGCAGAGCAUAACACUGGAGAAGAUAUUACUAUGGUGAUUUGUCCUGGGAUAGCCAAUCACAGUGAAAAGCAGUACAUUCGAACAUUUGUUGAUUAUGCCCAGAAGCACGGAUAUCGGUGUGCUGUUCUCAACCAUCUUGGUGCUUUGCCAAAUAUUGAGCUCACCUCUCCUCGUAUGUUUACAUACGGCUGUACAUGGGAAUUUGGCGCCAUGGUAAACUACAUAAAGAAAACCUUCCCUCAGACCCAUCUGGUGGUUGUGGGUUUCAGUCUAGGUGGAAACAUAGUUUGCAAAUUUCUCGGAGAGAAUCGAGUCAAUCAGGAAAAGGUUCUUUGUUGCAUCAGUGUGUGUCAAGGCUACAGUGCACUACGGGCACAGGAAACUUUCCUCCAAUGGGACCAGUGUCGGAGAUUUUACAACUUCCUAAUGGCAGACAACAUGAAAAAGAUUAUUUUAUUUCACAGAAAAAUAUUGUUUGGAGAAAAUGGGUGCAAAUCACCUAAUGCUCUGGUAGAUGUAGAUCUCAGCAAACUUUACACAGCAACUUCCCUCAUGCACAUUGAUGACAACAUCAUGAGAAAGUUCCAUGGCUAUAGUACUCUGAAGGAAUAUUAUGAGCAAGAAAGCUGUAUGCACUAUCUUCACAAUAUCCAGAUUCCUCUACUGCUAGUUAAUGCUUCAGAUGACCCCCUAGUGCAUGAAAGCUUGCUGACCAUUCCUCGAUCACUUGCAGAAAAAAAAGAAAACGUUAUGUUUGUGUUAACUCUGCAUGGCGGGCACCUUGGAUUCUUUGAAGGGGCAGUGCUUUUCCCAAAACCUUUAACUUGGAUGGAUAAGCUUAUUCUCGAAUACACAAACGCCAUAUGUCACUGGGAGAAGAACAAGCCUCAAUGUACGGCAGCAGGAGAUCAGAACUGCUCAGACCACAGCGAGUAACCACUGUACAAACCUUAUUUGCCAAAUUCUUCAAUUAUUCAGUCCUUUAUCAUCAUUACAUUCCUGGCUUGGGUUUGAUGAUCUUAACAACUCCCAGUUAUUAAUGUAGUUCACCCAGCCAACUUGUACUUUUUUAUCACAACAGUUCAAAUGUGAUUACAAGACCCUUUCUGUGUCUUUCAGUCAAAGAAACUUGGAGUGCACAAGACAUGGCAAUUCACUGUGCUUGACAAUAACUUAGUUUUAUAGUCAUCAGGACAUGGAACAAGAGUUACUGUUACCACAAGAGAUCUGCUGUCAGUAUGAGCAAAUGAGCCAACAUUUAGAGGUCCCAAAAGUUUUUUCAGGAGUUCAUUUGUUAAAAACUUGUGCCUUCUGAUAUAUAUUUUUAAGUUACGGUUAACAAAGACAUUUAUUUUUCUGCCCCUGAGAGAGAUUCAUCUUUUGUUUUGUGGUCAUUUGAUCAGAUUAAGUGCAGCAGUGUUUGAACUAAAAAAAAAUAAAUGCAGGCAGUUAAGUCUUUCACUGGAUUUUGUCUUUUUAGAGAAACAAAAUGUAGAAUUCUUACAUGGAGAAACUCUUGCAGAACUAAUUUAUUACCUCCAUUUGGUCAUCAAUGAUGCCUUCUCCAAAUUCACUGUUAAGCAACAAAGAUGAGUUGCUUUCAAAUUAGAGUAUUUGUUCUUACGUUGGCACAUGUUAUCCCAAUGAUUGUCCAUUGUCAUUUUACAACACCUAAGGACAAGCAAUUUUUCGUUAAAUCCCAUAAGUUGUCUACAUUUUUCUGGAAAUUCUUCAAAAAGUCAUAUGGAUGGUCCUGCACUUGUGAUGAAUGUGAAAUAGUUCUUCACAUUUUGAAAAUUCAGUUUAAAUAAAAGUUUGUACUGUCUACAGUAUUUAUAAAUUAUAUAUAGAAAUCCUACCUUGAUUAUUGCACUGGAGGACUAAGUGAAUGUUCAGCCAUUCCAGUAAAGUAUGAAUUUGGACAUAAUCCUUAUUGAUCUGUCGCCUGUUUGAUGCUGAAUCAAGUACCUAAAUAUUGUAAGAACCAAACAACUGAGAAGCUGUCUCGGCAUUUGUUGAUGCUUUGCUGGCUCUUGAUUUAAUCUUCAGAGUUUAUCUCAUGAAUGCUAUAGAAUUUCCAAUAUCAGGGCAUUCUAAAAUCGUGCAGAGUUGGCUGAUUUCAGCUAGAGAAGCAACAGGAAAUGUUUCAAAUAGGUUCUGUAUUUCUGGGAUAAAAAGUAGAAAGUCCUUGCCUUUUUAGAUGAUCACUUUCCACUGUUCUCUGCAGUUGAUUAAUAAACAUCCACUCUCUAGGAAUGGAUGCUUUUCAAAUAGCAUCCAUUUCACCGGAGGCAUUAAGGAUUAGCACCAUUAGGAUUGGAGAAAAUUGGGAAACAAAUAUUGAUGCCUCUUCACUUCUGCAGUGGAUUUGUUCUACGUUGUCUAUUUCCAGGAGUAGCUGUGUUGUAAUUACUGACUGUCAACCAUAAGUAGAUAUGAGAUUUAAUUGAACAUCUAAGUUUGAUAUUUGGGGAUUCUGGUGAUUGCAGGCAUGGGAAUUUGUCAAGGUUUAAGAAUUAAUUGAUUCCUGCACUCCAGGCAAUAUAUUCACUGUAAAAAAGCAACAUACCAAUGUAUUUAAAACAAACAUUCUACCCAUCACCAGAGAUCUUUCUACCUCUUGAAUGAUGUACACAAGCACAAGAUAUCCGCAUUUCAUUUUUGUUUUAAACUAUCUGACAUCCAUUCAGAGACACAACAUUCUGCAGAUGCUGGAAUCUGGAGCAACAUACAAAAUGCUGGAGGAACUCAGUAAGUCAGGCAGCAUCUAUGGAGAGAAAUAAACAGUCGACUUUUCGGGUCAAGACCCUUCAUCAGGACUGGAAAGCAAGAGGGCAGUAGCCAGACUAAGAAGGUCAGGAGAGGGAGAAGAGUACAUGCAGGCAGGUGAUAGGUGAGUCCAGGUGAGGGGGGAAGUAAGAAGCUGAGAGGUGAUAUGUAGAAGAUGUAUAGGGAUGAAGAAGGAGGAAUCUGAUAGGAGAGGGCAGUGGACCAUGGAAUAAAAGGUGGGGAAUGGAUAGGCAGAUGAGGGUGGGGGAAGGGAUGGGCAGGUCAUGAGGGCAGGGGAAGGGGAAAGAGAAGGGGGCCACAGGAAUGAGGCAGACAAAGAAUAAAAGGGGGGGAGGGAGAAGAGGGGAGGGUUUACUGGAAGUUGAUGCUGAGGCCGUCAGGUUGGAGACUCCCAAAGCAAAAUAUGAGGUGUUGUUCCUCCAACCUACAUUUGGCCCCAACGUGGCAGUAGAGGAGCCCAUGGAUAGACAUGUUGGUAUGGAGUGGGACAUGGAAUUGAAGUGGAUGGCCGCUAGGAGAUGCUGGCUUUUGUGGCAGAUGGAACGAAGGUGCUCGACGAAGCGGUCACCCAAUCUGCGUCGGGUCUCACUGAUGUGGAGGAGGCCAAACCAGAUGCAAUAAAUGAUACGCUCAGAUUCACAGGUGAAGCGCUGCCUCACCUGGAAGGACUUUCUAGGGCCCUGAAUGGUGGUGAGGGAGGAGGAGAAGGGGCAGAUGUAGCACUUAGUGCGGUUGCAGGGAUAAGUGCUGGGAGGAUCAUCUGCAGGGAUGAGUGGACAAGGGAGGGAUGAGUGGACAAGGGAGUUGUGGAGUGAGUGAUCCCUACGGAAAGCAGAGAGAUGGGGGAAGGGGAAGAUGUGCCUAGUGGUGGGAUCCUGUUGGAGGUGGCAGAAGCAAUGAUGUGUUUUGGAUGCGGAGGCAUGUGGGGUGGAAGGCGAGGACAAGGGGAACCCUGUCCCUGUUAUGUCGGGGGGUCAAUGGGGUGAGGGCAGACUGGGAAAUGGAGGAGAUGCGGGUGAGGGCAGCAUUGAUGGUGGUGGAAGGGAAGGGUGGAAGACAUCUUGGAUGUCCUGGAGUGGAAAGCCUCUUCAUGGGAACAGAUGCAGUGGAGGCUAAGGAACUGGGAGAAGGGGAUGGUAUGCAUGCAAUUGACUGGGUACGAAGAGGUGUAGUCAAGGUAAUUGCGGGAUCUGGGUUUGUAAAGGAUGUUGGUGGUUAAACUGUCUCCGGAGAUGGAGACUGAGAGACCCAAAAAGGGGGGAGAGGUGUCGGAGAUGGACAUGUAAAUUUGAGGGCAGGAUGGAAGCAAAGUUGAUAAAAUUGAUGAGCUCAGCAUAGGUGCAGGAAGCAGCCCCAAUGUAGUCAGUGUAGCGGAGAAGGAGUUGGGGAUAUCCAUUCAGACUGAUUUUGUAUUCUUACUGCAUCUUGUGGCUGGAUGAAUCAAACACCAGUUCCUCAGGAUUAACUACCAAGCGAUACAUCUUAAAGUUUUUUUUCCCCCUUGAUUCGGUACCAGUUAACUUUGCAGUCUGUAAGCCAAAGUUAUCUUGGUCAGUUACAAUUAUUUAGGAUAUUUAUGGUAAUUGGCUGAAAUCAAAUGUACUUUGGCUUUUGGAUGACUCAUUGAAAUAAAUAACACACUUUUAGAAAUUCUGUUAGGAAAUGGUCACAAUGCAGUUACAGUUAACAAUUAUAAAAGUAAAAAAUAUUUAUCAUUUUAAAUUUGAGCUAUAUCCAGUAAUAUUUAUCCAUGUGGAAUCAGUCACAGCUUUUUCGUGUUGUAACUUAAUAGACUGAAGACUGUUUAAUCACCAACAUGAUGCCAGCAACAGUCUCUUUGUAGUAUAGGCUCUUAUUGACUAAGUCCAAAAUGUAGUCAAUGCUGCACUGUGUUUGCUGCUUCCCACUUGAGAAGGAAACUCAUUCAUUUGCGCUUUAGUAUUUUAAGGUUUAGAGCUGAUUUAUGAUUCACGUCCCCCAUUUCUCAUGGCUUUUAGGUUGGCCUUGUAAGAGUACAAUACGGAGUGUAAACAUCUGUACACAGAUGCAUCAGUUAAUAUUAUUGUUGUGCUUUAAUAGGUGGCAGAGUUGCGGAAGGACAAAAGCAUUGUGACACUUAACAAAUCAUCUUUAGCAGUGUAACUAAAAGUAUCACUACCAUGGGAAAUUUGCUUCUGGUGUGUAAUCAUUGCUUCUAAUAUUAUGUAUGGUUCUGUGCAAACUGAUAUUAGAAAGUCUGUUACUGACACAGAUCUAUUCCAUCGUAUCUAAAGAUUUUUAUCUGAUGUUUGAAAAUGUUUAAAAUUUGAGUUCACCACCUAAAAAUAUUACUGUGGAUAAUAAGGUCUUGUGAUCUAUUAAAAAACAAAUACAAUUCUCAACAUUUUUAGGCUACAUACCAGCUUUAAGCAUCCUAUUCAGAAGGAUGUUGACUGUAGCUUCAGCUACUGUAAUCAAACUUAUUUCCUGAUUCUAUUAGGCAUCCUUGAGGCCCAAUUGAAUAGUAAUUAUUUUAGUUGAUUGUUUUAGAUGCCUCUUCUCAUUUGGGUAUGUCAUUACAAUUCUACAAUCUUUAUUUAAUGAAGACCAAAGAAAAUGUACCUCAUAUUUCUUCUCGUUAGACUGUAGAACAUCGGGCCCACAUAUAAUUGAAUUGUAUGAACUGCAGUAGGGAGGGGAUAGGUUUUAGUAGUAUCUACUGGGAUGUUUGAAAUUUGAAGUGAAUCCAUGCAAAGACUUCUCACGGACAGUUUUCAAGUUUAAGUUACUAAGCUGGGAGGAUCACUUGCGGUUUAUAUUGGCACUCCAAAGUUACAUGAUCAGUCUGUGUAGUAUUCACAGUUUUACAUUAGGUAAAAUUGCAAAUAGGUUUGUUUGCUUUUGAACAGUUAACCCAAUGCAAAAUCUUUCAAAUCUCACUGCUAAAGAAUAGAGCAUUAAGAAAGUGGUGAGGUUUUUUUUAAAUUAAAUAAUGACAUUGAUACCUCAACUACAUAUUUCUGCACUCAGCUGCAGAUGUUUUAAAUUCCAAAAUGCAGAAAAUAAUUAUGGAAUUGAGUAUUAAGGUUCUGUUUGUGAAUAUAGCAUACUUUGGGAAUAAUAGUGAUUUAAUAAAGUUAGCAAACCAGGUUAGUCAUAACUGAGCAGUUGAUAAUAAUACAAUUCUGUUGCAUGGUGGAUAGGUUGAUUUUUUUUUGGUAUUUAGGAGGUUGGUUGUGGCCAUUGUUGCACUUGGUAAGAAGGCACAGAUAAAUUUAGUGAAACAGAUGCUGUAUUUCCUCACGUGCAUUUUGUAUAUGCACGGUAGCGUAGUGGUUAGUGCGACACUAUUACAGUGCCAGUGACAGACGUUCGAUUCCCAUCACUGUCUGUAAGGAGUUUGUAUGUUCUCCCGUGUCUGCGUGGGUUUCCUCCGGGUGCUUCGGUUUCCUCCCACAUUCUGAAGACGUACGGGUAGGUUAAUUUUGGGUUUAAAAUGGGCGGUGCGGACUCGUUGGGCCGAAGGGGCUUGUUACCACGCUGUAAAUAAAAUUUAAGAUUUAAUUAUUACGCUAUGAUGCGUUAGACUAUUGCUGGGAUUAAAAAUUAGAUUUUUAAAGUUCUGGUUUGAAAUGUGUUGAUUAUGGGUCUUUAAUUGUUUUCACUACUUAGGUGAGAAGGAAUUGGAAUGAAUCAGAAGGAUACAAGGCAAGGUGCAAUUGACAGUUUUAACUUUUUUUGGGGGCUUUCCUUGUGUUUAACAUUGUUAUUGCCAUGAUUGGCCGGGUAAUAGUAUUAUUAACGGUGGUGGGAGAUAAUUCAGUUGUCUUUGGUCUCAGAGUCCUCAUUGGUUUACAGAUUUCAAUAUUGUUUUAGAUCAGUGACUUUUGCUACAAGCUAAGGAUGUUGUGCAUUAUUGUGCCUUUAAUUCAUAGACCUCUUUCAGAUGAUGAUAUAAUUGGGAUGUGUGUGAUCUAGUGUGUUUACUCAACAUUUUCUUGUACUCUGUUCACUUGAGCUUUUAUGCCAGAUGAAAAUUCAGGGUUUUGGCUGCUUUUGAGUGCAACCUCUUCUAGGGCGCAUUGCUAAACAUCAGAGAAAUGUGAGAAGAGAGUUGCAGUUGCUUUUCAUGCCAUGAUACAGAGUGAAGUUGAUAAUCUAUUGUGUAAUGUACAAGACUUUAAGUUGCAUUUUUUAUUUACAAAUUUACAUAUUAAGCAAGCAGUUACAAAGUGUCCACUAAUGUAUAACAAUUUGUCAUAUUUUCAUGGGAGAAACUUAAAGAAUGGAGAACAUCAUACAGGGACUUCAGCUCAGUGUGGUUGUACUAGCACCAAAUAUCCCAUUUUCAGCACAGAAUUGUGCAUCUUGUACAUUUCAAACAUAGGUACAGUCCUGUGGUUCAUCAGUUUUGACUCAAUGCAUGGGUCUAACCAGAAUGUUUCACAACAAGGACACUGGGGGUUAAUUUUGAAUUCUAAAUAGUUUGAGGAAUCUUGGUCAUUUUUUUUUCAUACAUGUUUUUGGCUCUGCCAAUACACAUGGAAAAUGUGUUUUUGAAGUGAGACCUCGGCAAAAGUAAAGGUAUUAUUCAUACAACGUCGCCUUUUGAGCUGUGCAGUUCGAGAGCUGGCAGCAAUAGCACCAUAUAAAAGCUGCAUCAAAAUGCUGCAGUGUUCUAAACAUGAUCUAACUAGUUUCAAAAGGAGUUUAAAUUAUACAAGAUCUUUGUUAACUUAGCCCUGACCAAAGGUCUUCACUGCAAAAAAAAUUUUUUGCACUGAUAUAGAUCUGCUCCCCAGCUGGUGAUAUCUGAAAGUCUUUUGAUAUUACAUAAACUGCUUGCCUCGGCAGACGAGAUCAGUACUUUCAGAUAUGUCAAAUGAAAUAACUAUAGAUAUACUUAGGGGUUACAAUGGGGUUUUUCUACUUGAUACUCCAGCUAUUAAAUUGAAAUUUGAAAUCUAGCUCCUGAUACAUUGCUGCCACAAAUAUUGUGCACUUUCAGCCAAAGCAAGUGUCAAAAGAAGUGUCUGUCUUAAUCUUUUAUUAUGUUGGGCCCCUACCUGCGUACAGUAAUAAAGGCAGAUAUUUUUACCUGACUGUAAAUUCAGAAGUCGGAAACCUGGAGUCUAUCAUGAAUAUGCAUUACCCUGAACUUCCAUUGUCAUUCUUGUUUUCAUGUCUUGAGACUCCUUUUACACAAAAUGUUGCAGUUUGACGGUAAAGCACAGUUUAGUCAAUGAUGAGUCCUUGUAUUUAGUUAAAUGUUGUCUUUAGCCUGUUCCAAAUUCUAUGUAGGUAAUUGCAAUUUCUGUUGGGACCAUAUAGGGAAAGGUAAAUUUAGUUACUUGUUGACUUUAGAUCUCAGCCAGAUAUUUUCAUUACACAGUGCAAAGGUUCUGGAGAAAUGCAGGUUAACUUGUAAUAGUUAACUGAUAGUAUGAAUGUAUGACAGAUGUAGUGUAUAUGACAAAUGUCAGCUUUGUCAGGCACUAACUUAGUAUUGCAGGAAGGUAUGACUAGUGAUGUUCUGCAUCUUGUCUCCCAUUAUUCAACUUUGUUUCGUCAAUGUGCCUCAAAAAUAAUGGUACAUGCAACACUGAGCUGUAUGGGUUCUGGCAGAAGAACAUACUAAUGCAUAGAAUUUCUUUUUACAUGGAGAAAAUUUCUUAAUUUAUGUACGUGAUUAAAAAUGUAUAUUAUCUCUGAUUGACUUGACUUUUAGUCUAUUUCCCUCCCUCCCCUGCACUUUAAAAAAAAUGUUAAGUUGUAUGCCGAAUUGUGCUAAUUUUUCUGCAGUCAUAAACAAUCUUCUUUGUUUUCUAUAUUCUCUUUGAGCCAUAUUCUGUUUUGUGCUACUUUUAUUGUUCAGAAUGCUUGGAAGGCAGAUCCAGAAGAUGCAGUAAGGAUUCAUUGGUGUUCAGCCUGUUCUAUUCAGAUAGGCAACACAUGAUUCGAACAGUGAAUAACUUUGUUUUCUUGAUUCCAUUUUACCAUCAUUAACCCCACUUGUGGAAGAAUUAACAGUGUAACAUCUUUAUUUCUCUAUCACAUUGCAGAAUAGAACUGUAGAUUCCAGACACACACACACCAUUGACAUUUAAAAGAAAGAACUUUCAUUUAUACAGUGCCUUUCGUGAUCUCAGGACACCCCAGUAUUUCAAAAGUAAAGGACUGCAGAUGCUGAAAAACUGAAAUAAAAACAGAAGAUGUUUUUGCUAACCAGGGAGGCAGCCUCUUUGAAGAGAGAAUCAACUAAUGCCUCGGGUUGAGAUCCAAGGUAUUUCAUAGCCUAUGAAAUGGUUUUAGAGCAUGGUAACUGAUGCAGUAUAGAGAAACACCACAAACAUUUUGGGGACAGCAAUAUUCCAUGAACAGCUUUGAUUGUUUAUUAGUAAUGUUGGUUGUGAGGGGGGAAGUAUUUGUCAAGAGGAAGCUCUUCCUGCCUUCACCCCUUUCUCCCCACCACAUACACCUAUGCACUCAGAUAAUACUCGAUCUUUUAUGUUCACUUGAGAAGGCUGUCAACAUCCUGCUGCACUAAUCUCUCUGCAUCCUCUUUUGACAGCAAGUUGUCAAUGCUUUCUGUGGUUUAAGAAACUAGCAUGGAUGCAGAUAAUUUGCACAAACUAGAGAACUCAUUAACUCGGUGAAGCACUAUUCACUGCCACUGUGAAAGGGUUGCAAGUACUUUCUUCACUGAACUUCAGGAUUUGCAUUUGUCCAGUAUAUAUUUCAAUAAAAAGCUUGCCAUGUUUAUCUGAUUGGGGUCUAGAUGUAGAUGGAUACAUGGAUUUAAGUUAGUCUCAUCACACGUCCCAAAUAAAACACCUUUGAUGUGAAUUUAAUGUUGAAAUACAUUUUUUUUACUAUUUUCAGAGCUGGUUGAUUGAUACUGAUCAAGUUUCUUAACAAAAAAAAAACAAUUAUCAUUUCUGCUCUCAAAUUAGUUACCCAGAUUUGGGUAUUUUUGUUAACAUUUUCCUAAAGAUAAUCGGUUCUGAUCUGUGAUAAUGUCCAGUAAAAAUAAGGAAUGUUUAUGGGAACAUAAGGAAUCAUUAACCAUAAUAUUUAGAAAUAAACUCUUACAGCUUAAAAAAACCCUGAAAUCUCAGUACGUUUCUGGCAAUGCCCCACAGUAAGCAUUCGUAUACCAGUUCCAUGUUGGUUCCUGAUGUUUCACUGAUAUAGCUGUCUUUUUAUAAGUGUUGUUGGAAGCACUGAUUUGUUUGUUUGGCAUGUCUCAGCCUGUGAAAUACAAGGUUCCCCUGAAUAAUGCAGUAAUGUGCAUGAGUUAUUUUUAAGGACAUAGUGUAGUUAUCUCCAGUUUGUUAUGGUGGGAUAUGGGUCAAAGUCACCCAAGUGAUGCAUUGUGAAACUAAUCCACAAAUGGCCAAAACAAAACCUGGAAAAGCACAGCUACCAUGUCAGCAUCAGAAGGGGAGAGAUGAAGACCAGUUGAAUGUGCACUUGGAUAUGUGGUGUUCUUCCCUUUCAGAUGCUAACCAAUGUAUUGUGCAUUUCCAAUACUUUCUGCUCGUAUAGGUCCUCCCCAGAUUACAGCAGAGUUCCGUUGCUGUGAACGGUUCAUAGUCCGAACAAUUCACAAGUCGGAAAUGCAGCCACGAGCCACGUUCCCACACAGCAAAAGAUGCCUUCAGCCCUGCAGCAGCCGGCAAAUCCAUCCCGCCGGUCUCACGAACACUCGGUCAUGUAUACUGGCUGUACAUAAGUUGGGCGUUCGUAACCUGGGGAGAACCUGUAUUUUGUGGUUGGAAACUUGAUUGUAAACUGUAUCAGCUGUUGGCUAUUUUGAGUUUGCAUUUGUUUCUCUUAAAAUCCAUUUUGUUUACUGCCAAUAACAAUUCCCAAUAUAUGAAAUUGUUCCUCACCCCCGCAUUGAGAGGAAUUUGAAUCCAGGUGUAAGCAUGGAUGGAUAGGUGGGUUUUGCCUUGUUCCUUUGGUACUGAUGUCUACCAGGCCUUGAGCUGAAAAAUACAAUUCAGCUUCUAAUUAUGUUCAAGAUCUUAAUGAUUUACUUUCAACAUUGUAUCUUUACUAAUUGAAUUUUUAGGCAAAACCUUGCAUAUUUCUAUAAUAGUACAGUGCAAGAAAGUGACUAUUUUUCUCCUUUUCAAAAAAAAAGACAAUUUCAUCCUAUCAUGUUGUUCCUCAUCAAACACAUUUCUCCAAACAUAAUGCAUGCCUGAGUCCUGGUUUUCCACAGUUAGACUCUGCAUGCUGAGUACCACUGGAGAAAAUACAAGGACAUGGCACAGGGACAGACUUAACGAUACUCAGUGCAAACAUACAGUGAGAUGAAGGACGGCAUGAAGAUUUUGGAGUUUUAACACUAGGUUCUCAUUGCUGUAUAGAUGCAUCAUGGCUGGAUUCCAUUCCUAAGUAAUGGAGCUGAGGGAACAAUCACCUAUUCCAGGGUAGUAGAGGUGGCGAUUCAGGCCUCUUGUGCUUCUUGGCCUUUGUAAUAAAAGGGCCAAGAAGUAGAAAUGCAAAACAAAAGAAAAAAAUGUACUUUAAAAAAAUAAUGCAAUGCCCACUAACUGAUGCAAGCAAGUAUUGAUUGAGUUGAGUUAUAGAUUGAUCCUUUAUAAUUUUGCAACGGGGAGAGGAGAGGAUGGCAGUUCUAUUUAUGCCGACAGGGAACACAUUUAAAAAUGAAGUUAAGAAACACCAAUGAAAAUAGUAUGGCCUUUUGCAAAGUGACAGCACAAAUCUGUCUAUUUUAUCAUCAUCUGCAUUUCAGUGUCGAAUUUCAAUGAAAGACUGGCUUUUCUUUAUCCAGUUUUUCUUUAUAUUGUAGCUGAUGCUGUAGCUUUUGUUUAUAGAGGAAGUGAAGGUCAUGUUUGCUGGAUUCAUGUGAAUUGAAUGGGUGGUCUCCAUUUCACUUGCCUUGCACUGUGACACUUGCACAGCUUUCUGGACAAUCCGUCCACUAGUUGGGAUAUGUAAUGUGAAAUGCAGAGAGAGAUGACCAAUACCAGAGUGCCAGUUAUCAGAUACUGAAUGAACAGCAUGCAUGGUAACAGAUAAAUUACUGUUAAAGUGAUAGAUCAUAACCUAGGGACCUGAUACUCAUGUUUAGAUCCUGUUCUGGGGGUGAAGAAAGAAUAUUUGAACAUGCAGAUGUGCCUACUUUAAAGAUUGUGCCUGUGGAAGUGAAAGACAUGGUAUUAAAGAUGAUUACUUCACUAAAUCACUCAAAAUAUAUUCCCAGUUCUGACUUCAGAAACUGGAAGCCCUGACUGCAUCCAUUGAUCUGUUAACAUCUCAUGCUGAAGGGGGUUGGUGCCUGGUAUUGGAGAUCCUUUUUCUUUAAAAGAAAAGCACCAGUGUGUUUGAUCUAUUAUUCCAAGCAAAUAAGUGAUCAAAUGAGAUUCUGAGUCUUGUUCAGUACCACAAACUCAAAGCAAGAAGCAACUAGCAAUGCAACGUUUGUUUAUCUACAUGUGCAAGUUGCACAAGUUCUUUGUGCUGAUUUUUAAAACAGUUUGCUUAUAUGGAAUUGUGCAAUGUAAUUAAAGAUGUAUUAAAAUUAUUUUCUUUACAUUAAUACUGUUGCAGAAUUUUAUAGAAUUGUUUUCCUGAGUUUGUGUGUUUUAUGUUCUGAAUUGUUGAAAUAAAGGUUGUAAUUCUGAGGAA